CUCGCCGUCCUCCGACGGAGGCAUUCUCUAGUUAAGGCGAUGGCGACCGGUACUCCGGAUUCGCAAGCACGAUUUGGUCAGUCAGUGAAGGGGCUUCUCACGGAGAAGGUGAACACCUGUGGUACUGACGUGAUCGCGCUGACCAAGCAGGUGCUGAAGGGCUCCCGAAGCUCCGAGCUUCUUGGUCAAGCAGCUCGAAACAUGGUACUACAGGAAGAUGCCAUCUUGCACUCAGAAGAUAGUUUAAGGAAAAUGGCAAUAAUAACCACGCAUCUUCAGUACCAGCAAGAAGCCAUUCAGAAGAAUGUUGAACAGUCAUCUGAUCUACAGGACCAGCUGAAUCAUUUAUUGAACUAGAAUGGCUAUACAAGAGAGGAAUAGUGACUCAGAUUAGGAGCAAGACAGCUUUCUCUAGAUAGUCAGCGAGGGACUGGCCCAAAGAAGCCUAGACGCCGCUCUGCCUGUGGAACUUGAACUUGAGUCUGAUCCAGUCUCACCCAAGAUGAAGUUAAGCAGAGCCACCUCCUAACUCUUCCUCAGCGACAACAACAACUUCUUUUCCCAGCUUUGCACCUACAGGCUUGGUCUGUGUGCCCAUCAGCCAAUCCCGAUCCUUCUUACAUACCUGAACCUGAUAGUGAGGCUCAUUCUGGUCAGAUGACUGAUUCAUAUACAUGGGCCUGAGCCACUUGUGAAGGACCCUUUCACAGUCCCUUCAUUCCUGGAGAGACUUCUGUUCCCCAUGGGAGAGAAAUUCUUCCCUGGUCUUUUCCUCUACCCUCCCAGCAUUGCUGGGAAGGAGUAGGAAUUCCUCUUUUCUGCUUUUUCUUCUCCUGUUUUCAUCCUAUCCCUAAUAAAUUGUCAUAACUUA